CGGGAUGCUGCAGUGCCAACAUUUAAUGUACCUAGGUAAGUAGGUACUGAUUCACAGCGCAGCCUUAGGCGCUGGCUCCUCUUCGUAAUACCAGGCAGGAACCUUUCCUUCCCAUACUCAGCCUGAUCGCCUAAUAUUCACAUCCUCUUCUUCGCGACUCAGCACACCAAGGUUUCCACCGUGCAACUUUCCGGCUUCUUAUCUUUGUUUGUUUCACUUCACCAUGGCAGUAUUGGACGAGGUUCCUCUUGUCACUGCACGUGUUCGAGUAGCCGGAGAGCUCGCGACAGAAUACGACCAUCUUGAUAAUCAAGAAUCCGUGAUCAACCUUGACAAGGAAGGGACCAAGAUCCCUACAAGAAACUGCUACAUCGAAUCCAAGUCAGGUGCUGAGUUUGCCGUCGAAGUCACGGUCUCUGACAAGUACCGACUCCCUCAUUCCCACGACACGCUCAUCGCUGAGGUCUCCAUUGACGGCCAGGUGAUGGAAUCUUGUUACAUAAGGACACCUUUUUCUCCUGGCAUGCCAUCUACCAUCGUCAUCUCAAGCGCUGAGUUCUUAGCAGAGAAAGAGAGAGUGGUUGCCAGAAAAUUUGUCUUUGCUCCUAUUACCAAAACUUCCGAUCGCAUCAGUACUGAUCGUCUCAACAAUGAUAUCAAACAAGCAGAAACCUUGGGAACAAUCCGUCUGCUUCUUAUCACAGGUCGGUUCGAAGGGCCAUGUUUCAAGAAACCUCUCAGCUGGCACGGCGGACGAGAUGUGGAGUUGGCUGAAAAGGCACUGAAAGGCAGAGCAAUAAGCCAUGCAACCCUGCUGGCUGAAACAGACAAGAAACCGCAUCUGAAUAGAUCAACGAUUGGGCACAGGCGCCUACUGGGAGAAAUCUUCUUUCGUUACCGAUCCUACCGUAUGCUCUUGCACCGAUGCAUACAUCUCCUUCUUCGACGCCAUUUUCUAACUUUCAAUGCAGAAGCGCUCCAACAUGAGAUGAUUAUUCCACGCACUCCGUCACCUAAGCUCUCAGCUACAGCUGGACUUGAUGAAGAUUCCCUUUCUCACCUCUCCGAGAGUGACAUUCGCCGUCUUGCUCUGGAAAGACUACAUGACACUCAGGCCAAGGAUGAGGUUUCUCAGGUCAAACGGGAGGCAGCGGAAAACCCCCGUACGCCUCGACAAUGGAAGUUUGUGAGACUGGAAGAUGGGAAAGAGGCUGUCGACCUGACAGAUGAUUGAUCUCAGAAUGACAAAUCUCUGCCUCGAAUUGCGAGCGUUUAUGUAUUUAGGGCCCUUACUGUUCUGGAAUCCUGUCGUAAAGAAAGGAGGUCCUAAAAUAUCCACCCAUGGGUAUUGGCGCAGGACAGGAAAAAAAAAAUAAGCCGUCUUGCCAUGUCAGAAAGACAUUUUAGGCAUGUUCAUCAUCUUUUGAUUCGAGUACAUA